UCUGAUUAUGUUUUACAGAAGUAUGGCGGUGAGCUUGAGCCUCUUGUCCAUAGUCCAGGCUAUCAUACGGAUCUACGACUACUGUACAGGAUGGUUGUACAGGAUUCUUUACAGACCGGAGAAAGUUCUGGAGGAGAGAAUGAAGCAGCGAGCGGUUCAGGUCAAACCAAUCCAGCCUGGAGACAACGAGGUAACCUACAAACCCCUUCCUAUGGAGACUUCAAAACUUGUCAAGGAGUUUGAACUGGCUCAGUGCUCAACUAUGGCUGAGGUGUGGAGGUGGGCGGUGGACAGGUACAAGACCAACAACCUACUCGGCACAAGGGAUGUGGUUGGGGAGGAGGAUGAGGUUCAGAACAAUGGACAAAUAUUCAGAAAGCUUAUACUGGGAGAUUACCGAUGGAUGACCUAUGAGGAUGCUGAUCAACUUGCUGAUAAUGUUGGACGAGGUCUCCGUGUACUAGGUCUAACCCCGAAUAAACCAAUUUGUAUUUUUGCUGAUACAAGAGCUGAAUGGUUGGUUACUGCACAAGCUUGUUUUAGACACUCAUUGCCAGUUGUUACUCUGUACACUAAUCUUGGUGAUUCAGCUAUAGAACAUGGUCUUAACGAAACUGAGGCUCAACUCCUUUAUCUUUGUAAUGAAUAUGAACUGCUGCCUAAGUUUAAGAAUAUUUUGAAAGAGACUCCUAACAUCAAGCAGAUUGUAUACUUUGAUAAUCCAAUCAAAAGAACAGAUACGGCUGGAUUUAGACCAGAUGUCAGGAUUGUUAACUUUUGGGAAGUUGUAACAAUGGGGAAAAAGUCGACAAACAACAAUAUUAUUGAUGUUGAUGUUGAACCUGUUCUUCCAACACCAGACUCACCAUGUAUUAUUAUGUACACCUCAGGUUCUACUGGUACUCCAAAGGGUGUAGUUGUGACUCACAGGAAUAUUGUCAGCUGUGUCAGCUCAUACUUGACUCAUCUUAACACUAUGGACUUUACAGACGAAGACCGCUACAUUGGAUACCUUCCCUUGGCUCACAUCUUGGAGCUGAUUGCUGAAAACAUGAUGGUUGUGUUUGGUGUUGCUAUAGGAUACAGUAGUCCCAACACUCUAACUGAUAAAUCAACCAUGAUCAAGAAGGGGGCUAAAGGAGACACCACUGUGCUCAAACCAACAUUUAUGGCCUGCGUUCCUCUCAUCCUAGAUAGAAUUUAUAAGGGUAUCCAUGAGAAUGUUCGAAAGAAGGGAGAUUUUACUGAGAAACUGUUUGAUUUCUGUGUUCGAUACAAGAUGGCCGCUGCGGAGCGUGGCGAGAUAACACCUGUGAUGGAUAGGUUGAUAUUCCGUGCAGUUCGGAACCUUAUUGGAGGACGAGUCAGGGUUAUUCUCACUGGAGGAGCCCCUCUCAGCCCAGAAUCUCAUGAUUAUAUCAGGACUUGUAUGGGUUGUCCAGUUCUUCAAGGGUACGGAUUAACUGAAACAUGUGCUUGUGCUACUCUGAUGCCCCUGGGAGACCAUAGUACCGGCCGGGUCGGUCCACCAGUCACAGGGGUCAAUAUCAGGUUAGAGAACUGGGAGGAGGGUAACUACAGGGUAACCGAUAAACCUAGACCCAGAGGAGAAAUAUUAAUAGGAGGAGGAAGCAUAACGACUGGUUACUACAAAAACCCAGAGAAGACUGCUGAAGACUACUUUACUGACAACUCAGGUCGUCGUUGGUUCAAGAGCGGAGAUAUUGGACAGAUGGAACCGGAUGGAACCCUGAAGAUUAUAGACCGGAAAAAGGAUCUGGUGAAACUACAGUUCGGAGAAUAUGUAUCCUUGGGUAAAGUUGAAUCUGUCCUGAAGACAAGUUCUAUUGUAGAAAAUGUCUGUGUUUACGGAGACUCAAAAAGGAGCUACGUAGUAGCCCUGGUUUGCCCUGACCGUAGUGCUCUAACCAGGCUGGCCGGCAAGCUAGGAAAGAGUGGCGCAGUGGAAGAUCUAGUCAAUGACAGGGAUGUAGUAGGAGCUGUACUGAGGGAACUGAUGAAUCAGGGGAAACUAAUGAAACUUCAGAAGUUUGAAAUUCCUGGCGCUGUCUACCUGUGCCUGGAGCAGUGGACCCCUGACAGCGGGCUGGUCACCGCAGCAUUCAAACUUAAACGGAAACCAUUGCAAGAGUUCUAUCAAGGACAGAUAGAUAGGAUGUACGGGGCUUAAACUACUUGCUGUACAAUAGAAUACCUGCUGUACACCUAAACAAUGGUAGCUUAGAAUUCAGCUGUACAGAUGUACAUUUUAAAUUAUAGCUUAAAUUAUCCGCUGUACAGAUGUACAAUUGUUUUCUAAAUUAUCGCUUAAAAUGCAAGUUGUACAGAUGUAGUAUAGCAGUUAAGAAUAUUUGCAGUACAGUUGUACAGUUUCAGCUUAAAAUAUCAGUUUUUUAUCAGCUGUACAUAAGUACUUAUCAAGAUUACCUGCUCUGCAACUGUUAAAUUAUGGCUUAGAAUAUCAGCUGUACAACGGUAGCUUAGAAUUUCAGCUGUUAUACGUCUGUGCAAUUUCGCAAAUUCAAAUCAAGUUGAAGUCCUGCUAAAUAAAUCUUAAUCUUGCAAUAAGUAAAAUGUACUUGAAAUAUUUUAUGUAAAACUUAACAUUAAUUUAAUUAACAAACUAGCAAUUAUGAUUGGUCAAUUCUUUGUAUCUAUGAUUAAAAAUUGUCAAAUUAUGCUCUUUUCUUAGAAAUAAAUCUUUAAUCGAAUUUUA